AUGUCGUCCUCUCUCGACCUGAAGCUCCCAGUAAACGCUCAGCCCACAGACGCGCUGGCGUUUCGCUUCUCUGCUUGGCGCAAAAUCAUCCGUGCCCUCAAUGUCUACUUUAAAGAUUUUGCCUCUCUUCAAGACGACAUUUAUCGUCAAAACUCACGACUUGUCAAUUCAGUCAAUUUCCCCUUUUUCCAAUACGGUACCUCUUCUGAAGCUUCUGCAGCAGCUUCAGCAGCUGAAUCUGAAACAAGCGGAAAUUCGCCACGACCUGCUUACCACACAACUGGCAUGCACCCAGAAGAUGAGCAAACUGCUCGCAACUUUUUGCCUUAUGGCUCACAUUCCCUAGCUGAUGUCCCCGCAGCUUUGCUCGUUUAUCACCAGACUCAAGCUGAAGCUGCUCACCGUGUUUCUAAGGAACUCGUCUACAAUAUUAUUCCUCGUCUCGAAGAUCUCCGUCGCGACCUGCUUGUCAAAAUUAAGGAAAUCAAAAACCUUGCCUCAGACUUUAAAAAUUCGGUCGACAAAGAACAACACCAAGCACACCGUGAUUUGGCUGCUUAUCUUAGCUCCAUCGACAUGUUGAUCAAUAAUUCGACAGCCCUAUCUCCUAAAAGUGACCCUUACCUUCUUAAACAAGCUGUUGGUAAACAACUAACCCGCCAAGUCAAUGAGGAAAAUUACCUUCUUGAAGCUUAUCUCAAUAUCCAAUCUUCAGGAAAGGAACUCGAACGUGUUGUUGCCCAAGAAGUCCAAUCUGCUCUUAGCGCAUUUGGCAAGCUUGUUGGAACAGAAGCAAUCAAUAUCGAGAAGCUUCUCUCAUCUAAGAUUUUGUCUGGCUAUGCCGAAUCUGACCCUGUUAAGGAAUGGGACGCUUUCAUUUCCCGCGAUGCUAAUUUUGUCGACCCAACUCUUAAGCUUCGCAACAUUCAGGACAUUAUCUACCCAAAUAUGAACUCUAGCUUAGCCUAUGAGAUUCGCUCAGGCUACUUGGAGCGUCGCUCAAAGUAUCUCAAGUCGUACUCCCGUGCAUGGUAUGUGCUUACUCCUUCCUUUUUGCACGAGUUUAAGAGCCCAGAUCGUCGCAAAGACCCUGUUCCUGUUAUGUCAAUUGCCCUUAGUGAUUGUCUUGUUGAGCUUGAUAAGAAGUCUACCUCAGGCUCGCACAAAUUUACUUUAAAUACCCGCUCCUCGCGUGGCCACAAGUGGGUUUUCCGCGCUGAGUCAAAGGAAAAGCUUAAUGACUGGUUUACCGAUUUAUCAACUUUAAGUAAUAUCGAUUCUCCUGUUGCUCGUGCCCUUAAAUACUUUCCUUCUCAAGAUCCUGUUGAGAAGCCGGGUGCUGCAACUACAGUCGCUGCUGCUGCUGCUCCAGUUUCUGCGGCUCCAGCUGCUGCCGCUGCUGCUGCGGCCCCAGUCACUGCUGCGGCCGUGGCUCCAGUUGCUGUCGCUGCCACUGCUUUUGCAACGCCUGUUCCUACCGUGGUUGCUCCUAAUCCAGAAAAAUUUGGCGCAAAGUCUCCUCGCUUGGCUGCUGUCACAGGAAGUCGACCUCAAUCAUCUCGCAACUCGCAGAUUAUUGAUGACAAUUUGAGCCCACUCGACCGCUCGUUGGCCCAGCCUAACCGCGGUGGUUCCCCUGGAGCUGCUAGUGAAUUGACUCCAGUAUUGUCCAAUACUUCUGAAGUAACUUCAAUUGGCGAGCCAUUUGGCGCAGGCCACACAGACUUUAGUCAUGAGUCUCUCAACCAAGUUAUUGAGGAGCCUGAAGGUGAUUUGCGCCGUAAGGGUGCUGAGCGCGGCCGAUUCCAAAGCGUUUUGGGCGGUGCUGCUGGUGCUACUCCGGGCUCGCCAGAGUCUGGUACUAACCACUAUGCCAUUGACGACGAUUCGUCUGUCUUUUCUUACGAUUUGAAGCACCCAACUAACUCCACACUGCCAAAUGACAAGAACUUUGCACCGGUUGAUUCCGACUUGCCUAUACAGCUGGAGCGAAGACUGACUCAAACCAACCACAAGGAGGAGGCCAUUGCUGCCCUCCACUCUGGUAUUGGUGUGGCCCGUGGACCUGAAAGUUCGAAUGUUUCUGUUCAAGAGGCGGUGGCAAAACGCCGGGACUCUGUUCUUGCAACUACGGAGACUGGCACGUCACCUCUCCAGCGUCGGCCGUCGCGCCAAGCCACUGGGUCGUUUGGUGUUGAUGACCUCAAACCCCUGACUGGCAUUGGUGCUGCAAACGAUGGCGGAGAGCCCAGCGGGCUUUUCUUUGCGGGCGGACUUCCACAAACGACUUCUAGUGGAGCCAAGUAA